AAGAAGCUGCAUGAUUGAUCCUUUCCCUUCAGUGUGAAUGAAAAGCACAGUAUUUCCAGCUGGCUUUGAGCCCUUACCCUGGACUGUGCAAACAGAAAAUGGAGUAUUGGAUAAAUGAAUACACUUCCACGUUGGGUAUUGGAGUCUUCCACUCUGGAAUUGAGAUCUAUGGCAGAGAGUUUGCCUAUGGAGGGCACCCCUACCCUUUCAGUGGGAUUUUUGAAAUCACACCAGGCAGCGCUGUAGAGCUUGGCGAGACCUUUAAAUUCAAAGAAUCUAUUGCCUUGGGCACCACAGACUUCACAGAAGAAGAUGUGGACAAAAUCAUGGAGGAACUGGGCAAGGAGUACAAGGGCAAUGCCUACCAUCUCAUGCACAAGAACUGCAAUCACUUCUCGGCUGCUUUGGCAGAGAUCCUGUGUGGGAAGGAAAUCCCACGUUGGGUGAACCGCCUGGCCUACUUUAGCUCCUGCAUUCCCUUCCUGCAAAGCUGCCUCCCCAAGGAAUGGCUGACUCCAGCUGCCCUGCAGAGCCACAUCAGCCUCGGCCUCCACAAGGAAGAGCAGGGAGACACAACCGAUGAGGAAUCUCCAUCCACUUCUGCAGCAGCCUCCGCCUCAGGCACAUCGCGAACCUGCCGGCAUACGAGGGUCUGAACUGUGCCUGUUGGAGCUGCCCUUGAGCCUCUUUCCCUAGCCCAUUGGUUGCUCACUUGCCAUUUCCUGUAGCCUUUAUAUCCUUCUUGCAAGAACACUGGGGAGCGGUCCCUCAAAGAGAAGAGGAAAGUCCUUUUUCUAAGUAUAGCUGCUUCUCAGCCGUGCCACUCUAAAACUGCAUCAAAGCCUGUGGGGCUUUAAUCGCUUGAGGCUGGGUUGUACUCCUUGAUUUUAAAUACACAAAACAAAAACAGCUGGAAUCUCUGGGACAUGUGAUGCAGUGGAACUGAAGGGAAGCCAUACUGAGAAGUUCCUUACCUGGUACUCUUUUGAUCCUCUGCCUCCUCCAGCUGUGACGACAAAACACCUUCUCUCCUAUAUCCCUGAGGUUGCAUCUUACCCACAAUGCACCUCUUUUAAGUACCAAAAUAAUGAACUGGAACCAGAGCAUAACGUUCUCAUCCCCAAGACCAGCAACAAGCUCCAGUUAACUUGUCUCCUCAGUUCUCUUCCUUUUUGUAAUCACUAGUUUCUAAAUCAUCUGAAGGAUAAAUGAAAGGUGCUGCCAUUCUACUACCACAGAUUACAAUGAUUAUAGUUAUUAUUAUUAUUAUUUUGUGAAUUAGAAUAUUGUAU